GGCCCGCGCGGGCGGGGAGCGGUCGCUGCUCGCUGCUCGCUGCCGGACUGGGGCCCGCGACGGCGUCGGCGGCAGCGCCGCGGGGCCAUCUACAGUACAAAAGUCAGGCAUUGGUCCAAAGCUGAAGGAAUGUACACACUGUUGUCCUCUCAUCUCAGACCGAAGUGGAUGCCUCUCUGUUUUCUACAUCUGAAAUGAUUUAUUAAACCCAGGGACUUCUAAGCAAGAGAAAACAGAAAUACUCGGUAUGGCCUCAUCAUCAACGCCUAAAUACAAUUCUAACUCCCUGGAAAGUUCCUCAAGUAAAAGGACUCUAAAUGACGGAACUAACUGGGAACAAAAUGAAGAAAUACCUCGUCUGCCAGGAGAGACUAGAGUUACAGACAAAGAUGUUAUUUAUAUGUGUCCAUUUAAUGGCCCUGUUAAAGGAAGAGUGUACAUCACAAACUACAGGCUCUACCUAAGAAGUGUGGAAAGUGAUCCAGUUGUGGUAUUGAAUGUUCCAUUGGGUGUGAUAUCAAGGAUUGAAAAAAUGGGAGGAGCUUCAAGCCGAGGGGAGAACUCUUACGGAUUAGAUAUCACCUGUAAAGAUAUGAGGAAUUUACGGUUUGCAUUAAAACAAGAAGGACACAGUAGAAGAGAUAUAUUUGAAGUCCUCACAAAGUAUGCUUUUCCUCAGUCACAUAACAUGCUUUUCUUUGCAUUUGCAAAUGAAGAAAAAUUUUCUGAAAAUGGCUGGAUGGUGUACAACCCCAUGUCUGAAUACAGGAGACAAGGACUGCCCAACGAUCGGUGGAGGGUAACUUUCAUCAAUGAACAUUACAGCCUGUGUGACACUUAUCCGUCACUCCUAGUGGUGCCAUACAACGCAACUGAUGAGGAUCUCAAGAAAGUUGCUGCCUUCAGGUCCCGGAACAGAAUCCCGGUUCUGUCAUGGAUUCAUCCAGAGACUCAAGCUGUUAUUAUGCGCUGCAGUCAGCCCCUUGUUGGAAUGAGUGGCAAGCGGAAUAAAGAUGAUGAAAGAUACCUUGAUAUCAUCAGGGAGGCUAAUGGGCAAAUCUCAAAGCUGACCAUCUAUGAUGCUAGGCCAAAUGUCAAUGCAGUUGCCAACAAGGCCACUGGGGGCGGAUAUGAAGGUGAAGAUGCAUAUCCCAAUGCAGAACUUUUCUUUUUGGACAUUCAUAACAUUCAUGUCAUGCGGGAAUCUUUGAAGAAGUUGAAGGACAUUGUUUACCCCAAUGUGGAGGAAUCACACUGGUUGUCAAGUCUGGAAUCAACCCAUUGGUUAGAACAUAUAAAGCUUGUCUUGACAGGAGCUAUUCAAGUGGCAGACAAAGUAUCUUCAGGAAGGAGUUCAGUGGUGGUUCACUGCAGUGAUGGCUGGGACCGGACAGCACAGCUAACAUCUCUGGCCAUGCUGAUGCUGGACAGCUACUACAGAACAAUUGAAGGCUUUGAAGUUCUGGUGCAAAAAGAGUGGAUAAGCUUCGGCCACAAAUUUGCAUCGAGAAUAGGCCAUGGUGAUAAAAAUCAUGCUGAUGCAGACAGAUCGCCCAUCUUUCUCCAGUUCAUUGAUUGUGUGUGGCAGAUGUCUAAACAGUUCCCUACGGCCUUUGAAUUCAAUGAGCAGUUCUUGAUCACAAUCCUGGAUCACUUGUACAGCUGCCGAUUUGGUACUUUCUUGUAUAACAGUGAGUUGCUUAGAGAAAAAGAGAAAGUGGCUGAGAAAACAUUAUCAUUGUGGUCUUUGAUAAACAGUGAAAAAUCUAAAUACACAAAUCCCUUUUACACAAAAGAGCUCAAUCGAGCGCUCUAUCCAGUAGCCAGUAUGCGGCAUCUAGAGCUCUGGGUCAGUUACUACAUCAGAUGGAACCCGAGAAUUCGGCAGCAACAGCCAAAUCCGGUGGAGCAGCGUUACAUGGAGCUCCUUGCGUUACGUGAUGAUUAUGUGAGGAGACUUGAAGAACUGCAGAUCACAAAUAAUUCUAAGGUAUCCAAUUCAUCGUCCUCAUCAGCAUCACCCUCACAAAUGAUGUCUCAAGUACAAACACAUUUUUGAAGAAAACAUUGGCUUGUUUUUAUACUGUAACAGCAAGUGGUGCUUAAUCUAGAUCUAUAGCAUAAAGAGGGAUAUUUUAAUGCCUUACAUUAGACUGUCCUAACACAAAUUAUUUAGACUGUCUUCGUUUGAGGAGGACUCCAAGCAAACAAACCACUUCUUCAAUUAUGUGCCUUUCAGAACCUGUGGAUGGGGAGCAUUACUAAUAAACUUCUCAUUAUGGAAGACUUUAAGAGUCAUUUUGGAAAGUCUGGUACAAUUGAAAUUGAUUUGUUGUUUUCAUAAGAAUGCUUUUAUUUAUUACGUUGCAGGUUAUGUUUCUGUAAGGAAAUUCAUGCUCAGUCUUACAUGUCACAGGUAAAGAUAUUACUGGCAAUAGGAAUAUUCACAUUGUAUAACAUCAAGGGGGUGUGUGUGGAUUCCCAUUAGGAUAAAAAUUGUGGAGUUCAUGAGAUGAAAAAUAAAUAGUUGUAAGAUUUUAGAGAGAAGUGUUGAAAUUUUCUGGUUACCAGAGAAUUCCAAAUUUUCUUUUGUUGAAAUGAAAUAUAUGGAAACAGUUUCACUGGCACACUUCUAAUUAAAAUUCAAACAGCUCAACAGAUAUCAAAGUAAGUGGAAAAAUCUAUUUUUUUAAUUGUAAAUUGAUUUUAUUUUUUUUUUAACAAAUGACAAUUUUAUUGGAUUCUGAGAGGUCUUGUUUUGGCUGACUGUUCAGCACUGAGGUAUAAUACAAAUUAUCACUGUUGGCAGUAUUUGUUUCUUAGGGUUAAUACAGAAUAAAAUGGUUCUAAAAGGAUUUAUGUAAUUAAACCCAGACCCACAGAGACAUUGCUUAAUUAUCCAGCAAUAGCCAUAGUACUAAAGCUUGUACUUGUCUUCUAAAUGUGCCUGUUUAAAGGAGAUUUUAUACCAAAGUAGGCAAAACCCCCCAGAUUUAUAUACUGUUAAAAACUUGUACAUUUAUAGCUUACUGUUUAAAUUAACUUUUCAACAAAUUUAUUCCUAAGCAUUGAAGGGACUUCAGUAUACAAGGUUUGCAUGUAGUGUGUGCACUUAAAUUGAACCUUCCAGUGAAUUCUAGUUUCAAGCCUACAUCUCAGAGGCUUCUCAUAAACUUUUAAUUUGUUCUUUUCAGGUGUUUUUAACUAGUUGCAAACAUUUCUUCUGACAGCACAAACCUUGCUACUUGAUAUUUAGUUAAAACUUUGCAUAUUUUAAAAAGUUUAAUGGUAUUUGGGCUGUCCAGGAAAUAACUGCAGUUCAGAAUUUGUAGAGGACUAAUAUUGUUAUUUUAAAGGACAUAUUUUGAUGCUUGAGGCUUCUGUCAUUGUAAAUUAUUGUACAUGUGGUGAAUUUAGAUCUGCAAAAGAUAAUAGGAAUAUAUAUAUAAAUUAAGGUCUGUGUAAGUAUAUAUAAUAGAGCUUAUUAGAAAUUGUGCAAGUUUAUAAAGUGUAAAUAUUUUGCAUAUCAAAACUAAAUGUAAAGCUAGAGUUGGAUAAAAUAAGUCAAAGUUUGGAGGACAUCUGAAUAUUUUUAGAUGAAUAUUUUUUCAGAGGAAUAAGAGUAUCCCACCUGGUCAUUUCAUUCAGAAUAUACAUUGAAUUGCACUAUUUUUUUCAGGGAAGCUCAGAGCAUACAGCAUGUGUGCUCUUAAUAGACAUGAUUUAUAUGAUUUCUGUCCUCUAAAUUUUGUUUUUCCAUCAGUGUUCCUCAAUUUGUUUCCAAAAUUAUAUAGCACAGUCCCAGAAUCUUUAUUUAAGCGAAGCAAGAUGCAUCACAUCAGAUAAAUGAUGAAGGAUACCCAGUUUGUUCAUUAUAUAAUUUACAUUUUGAAAGCUAUGCAUACUCUGGUAUAUUUGCCUUCUACUUGUGGGUUAUUAAAAGAAAAGCUAUUUUUCAUUAGAAUAUUUAAAAUGUCUGUAUUUGAAGUUGAAUGUAUUGGUGACAUCUCUGAGUAGUGUGGAGAAGUUCAGAAAAUCGAAUAGUUUUUAUUGUGUAAACACUACAUGAUAACCUAUUGUGUUUGAGAAAGUGUAAUAAAAUGGAAAGGAGCUUUUUGCACUUA